CCAAGACGCUCGUCACGUGACUAGCAAGGGAAGCAACUCUCAGGCGACGUCUGACGGAACAGACGACAAGCUCGGGCAUGUUGUGUUCCAGUCGGCUGGGGAAGGCAGGAAAUCUUAAGCCACCCCAUUCUCCCCACCCCACCUGACCUACCCAGCGGUGACAGGAACUCGACAGGAGCAAUAGACGCCAGCCAACGUGUGUCGAAACCGGAAGUGUGUCCUAUUUUCAGCAAGUGCUACCUGGAUCAGUCCUGCGCGCCUGAUUACCAUGAGAACGGACGCCAGCCAGGUGCGAGAAGAAGCGAGACCAUGGAUAGGCUUGUGAAACAUCACGUGACACGGCAGGUGGAAGGAGAUGAGACAGGCAGAGUAGCAAUGCUGGACAUGUUACAAGCACCGACUCUUCCGAAAUAUUCUCCCUUCUGUCGCACCUUUCACGGACAGUCCGCUAUCAACGCCUCUAGUGGUGGACACGAACACGCCAUUUCCUGCCUAUCAACACAGCCCACUUACGUCCCCUGCAGCAGCAAGGAUUGCAUCCCUUGGAUCACCCGUCAGCCCCUCCUGGCAGCGUCCCCAAGGAGCGGGAAGCUUGCCCCUGAGGUCACCAAAACGGACUAUUUCGUUCGAGUUUCCCUCAGACCUGUCUCCGGACCAGAUUGCGCACAUACACAGACAAGUGACACAGAUGGCCAGUGCAGCCGGCACCGCAGACUCCGUGAAGAUUACUGAGGGGAUGAUACCGGAAGUAGAGGAUCUGCCCAUCAUUCAGCUCCAAGCUCCACCUAAGGCCAAAGUGAAGCGGCAGCUUUCCAUUGACAGUUCUCCACCGCAGAGCUUCAUGUGUCCAGCGACCGGAGCUGCAGCACGCCUCACCAAGGGAGGUCAGUAGCGUUUCCCAAAGGCAGUUUCUUUGCAUCCACCUCAACCGCGCGGAGCCAGAGCUAUGUGGUGUUACUGCUGCUCUGACGUCUCAGCCAAUCAAAAGCCUUGUCCCAGACUCUACUGUACCUUUGGAGUUGUCGCGGUCUCAGAUGGGAAGAGAACUGCUUGGGAUGACUCCUGACACUAUGUCACCCAAGAGGCUGAGGUCGGAACAUGGCAGUGUACCUUGCACACCUUCGAGGUCACUGCAGCCAGAAGAUCAAACAAAGACACGAGCUCCUCUCCACAAGCAGGAGGCCGUGCAUCGACCCCCAGGGCAGGAAGUCGAGCCUCGACCCCGAAAUCUGCAAAACGAAGUAAAGAGUCGGACAUCGUCUUUGUGUUUCCAGAGCUGCAUGGUAAUGAAGACAUCAACGAUGAUGACGCCGCCGUAGAUGACAUUUGCUCCGUUUUGCCAAAGGAAGUCGUCAGUGAGAACUUAACAUCACCUUUGUCCUGCACUAAAUUCACCCACGAUGACAGUUAUCAAAGUAUUCGCUCUUCUCCAGCAGAACAACAUUACGAUGUCAAUGGUGUGUCCAUUCUUCAGGUGGAAAGUGCUCAAGCAAGUCUCGCUGUUAAUAGUUCAUUUUCCGACCACGGAAAAUAGUAAAAUAGACAUGGCGGACCAGGCCUCAUCAACCCGCCCGCUGAAGGAGCUUGCAGAUGAUUCUUCAACAACAACCAAUCGUUUACAUCCUCAUUCCGAAGGCAAGAACGAGUUGCAACGAAAAAAUGCAGAGUUAUUCGAAUGGUCCGCCAGAAUGCCUUCUAUUUUAUCUCAAAACACAGCACAAAGGAAAGUACUCAAGACCUCCAUUUCUGAUUCAGUCAUUUCGGAAGUUCAUCACCGCAAGGGCUCAGAUCUGGUAGGGCCAGACCCCACGAAAGGCCUUUCACCAACGUUUCAAUGCGCGGGCAGCACGAGAAGUGGCAACAGUCGCCUUCAUACGUGUCCCCGGAUCCCCCUCAGAAAGUGACUCAAAACCUAAUCAUGGCGGUGCCAUCGAAAAGAAACAGACUUAGCUACGGCUGCGAGUCUGACAAGCUUCAUAAGGACAUCACUGUUUCGCCAUCUUCCAAUCAGUCGGUCAAGAACACUGAAAACUCUUCUGCAGCAUCCUCAUCGUUUACUCAUACAACAGCCCAGGUCAUGCCAUUAACUUGCUGCGAUAACCCCUUUCUAGUAGAUGCCCUCGAACCGGAGUCCAGAACAGCUGUUCUGUGUCAGUCAAAGGUCAACCCCUUCACUUUCACCACCAAAGAUAUAGAAAAGGCAUGCACGUCUCAGAGCGAACCGCUCCAGGAUUUUUCUUCAAAACAGGACAGUGUUCUGUCCUCGCCAAGGUUCACGGACUCACCUUACCAAGCGGAAGUGAUUCAGCUGAGGACAAGCUCCCAGUGCAUGCAGGAUGUCGCACAGGCUGACCUCAUUGGAGAACACUGGGGCGGCUGGACAGCUCGCGCCAUUUACAGCAGUCAGGGAGGUCCAGAGUCCUGACUGGGAAGCCGGCUGCUCAGGAGAACGCAGUGUUCUACAUGAAGGAGGAUAAUAGGAGUCAGAGUAUUUUCAGGAGUCACAGAAGCGAAGGAGCAGUAAGUGACGUAAGCAGAGCACGAGAAAGAAUGACCGUUCCUCGUGACGUAGGCACUGAGGUACUUGGGUAACUCUCCCGACAAUCGUCCUCUCGUCCGACAAAUGUCAGACUCGCCAACGACCGACCAGCACCAGCUGGUGUUCCCAGGAGACCAGGAACUCUUUUUCACGCACAACUACCGCGCAGCGCCCCCUGUGGAAUAUCCUACGACUUCCGUGAAGGAUGCCAUGGGCAAGAAUGUCCCCGAAAACGAACAAGUGUUCCGCGAAAUACAGUCUGGCCAGAAAAUGAUUGUUCAAGCCUCGAACUCGUACGAAGCAGAAAAAGCCUACUACACUCAGUCGAGUAUGAACUCAGGAGGAGCAGAAGAAAAGACGACUAUCCUACAGAGGAAGGAGGAUAACUCAGUUCGAGAACAAUCACCUCAACGGAUGGUGACUACUUAUUCACACAGAAAAGGGCGACAACCUUGGUUUGAUCCAGCCAAGACGAUUCAGCAAGAUCACAGCGGUUACCUGCCUUUCCAGCCGCAUUCCCGGCCCUUUCCCUGCUCGUCCACUGGAGGUCAUUAUGAGGCCACUCGGGUCCCUGAGUGCUUCGCAGAAAGCGUGGGUGUAGGUGCCAGUCCGAGGCACCUGAGGUACGAGGAGCAGCAGACAGUUGCCCACGGUGAGGAGGAGGACGAUACCGUGUUCUUCGAAUGCUGCCUCCAGGCGGCGCCAGACGUCUACGGCCAGCCAGGCAGCUCGCCAUCACCACAGCAACGCCGCAAUCCUUUUACCGGGGCCACUCCCUGGCCGCAAGACUUGAUUUCAGAGAUGCAGGCCCACUUCACCCCCAAAAGCCGGCCAACUCUGCGCAGUCACAGCAAUGUGGAGCAGUCGCCAAACCAAGCAGAGCUGGAGGAGAUGGCGCCAUUCAAGUACCUGCGGUCCUACUCGGAGCACAUCACAGACCCGGGGUACCUGGUCAAACAGCGCCGAGCUCUGUCCGACAGCUGCAACAAGCGCCCGGGGAGCGACUGACCACGUGCGAGGGAGCAGCCAGACCCGCUUGGAGGAUGGGUCCAGAGCCAAGACCGAUGACCGAGAGGGGGUCAGGUGGUGCCAGACGCCAAUUGUUCACAGAUGUGCGCCAUCUGCAAUCGCCGGAAGGAGGCAACAUGCGUCUCUUCACUUACACCCCACUGCUUCGGAGUCACAGCUUCUCGUACGCACAUCCACCCCGGAUUAGGAACAGAUACUCCAGUGCUAGCGACGAUAACAGAAACUCGAGAGAACCAGGCGACCUGGAUGUGCGCGUAGAGUGUUUCAGUGCCACGCCAUCCGGCGAGUGGCGGGUACCAGAGCACGAGGCGAACCACAGGAGCGCCGUCUGUCGGAGAAUCGACCUGCACAUCCAGAACAUCCUGGAGAGCCACCGACAGAUGCGGCCCAGCACCAACACGUACGGCGAGCUGGACCGGUGGCGAUCCCAGGAGGCCGAGGUGCUACGCCUGACGGAGGAGGCUUCCUGUCUCAUCGACAAGCUCAGCGAGCAUCACCGGGUGGUGUAUGACGUCACCAACGGCAGCGUUCUCAUCAGAAUCAACUGCCAGACCUUGCUGGGCGUCCUUGACCUGUGGCAGCUUUAUCAGAGCGGCACUUUGCACGGUCUGGUGAACGAGCUGUUUGGAGGAGACAAGCUCCUGGACGAUCUGCAAGUCAGGGACGCCAUGUUCCGGGUCAGGGUGUGUCCCCGACAGUACAAGCAGUGCCUGCAGGAGCUGGGCUCUUCUGUGCUUUUAUAUCUACAGCCAUCGACGACUGCUCGGCCCCUCAACAUAAUAAAGAAGGCCUCGUCUUGUAGCAGCGCCGAGAACAUUCUUACAACAGCUCCCUGUUCUCCGGCCUCUGGACGGUUCUCGCAGUCCGCGCAUGUGCUGUCCACGUCUUCACCGGCUGCCACCUCGUCCUGGAACACAAAGUCACCCUCUACCCCUCCAUGGAACACAAAGUCGCCGUCUACCCCACCGUGGAACACAAAGUCACCGUCUACCCCUCCCUGGAACACAAAGGCACCCUCUACCCCUCCCUGGAACAUAAAGUCACCUUCUACCCCUCCGUGGAACGCAAGGUCAUCCACCCCGACAAGUCGCGAGGGGAAGUUCCUUUACGGUGACCUCGUUCCGCGCAAAGCCUUCAGCGAACUAAAUCUUUCUGACGGUGAAACUCCAGCAUCGCCCACAAAAAAGAAAAGUUCGUUUGACAGCCUGUCACAGAAGGAGAACUCCGGCUGGUCACCUUUGCACUCUCCUCGCCUCUGUACCACGGCCUCCCAGGGCAGACGGCGCAAGGCAGACACAGACUGUGAAGAAAGUAGUGAAAUAUGUUUGCUCCAGAUGUCAUGUCAUGCUCAACAGCUGCCAACAGACCAGUGACGUCAUCGUAUAACCGCUUUAUUUGUUCAACUUGCAUUUUAUUGUCAGUUGUAAAAGUACUUGUGUGUGUGAGAGAAAGAAAAAGGAAAGAGAAAGGCAAAAGAUUUGUGAUGUUUGUGUGCUAUGUGUCCAAAAUGAAAUGUUGGUAAAGAUGUACUUACAUUUGCAAAAUAUGUUUUGCAAUCUUCCAAACCACAGCAUGCUGCCGUUUAUGAGCAUGACAGUUGAACCAACAAACAUCUUCCAAGGACCCGUGUAAAUGAGUUUUCAAUAUCAUGCUAGACGAUGUUCAAAGGCAAACAUCAGAUUUUGCUGGCCAGUUUAAAGCUGAUAUUGUAGAUGUGGAUGUUUUAUUUAUCUCAUCAUAUAUGUCUGAUAUACAGGUUUCAAUAGCAGACUAUCAAUGCAUAUACACCCCGCACACCGAGUGACAGUUAUGAUAAUACUGUUGUUAUACUGCUGUUGUGACUAAUCCUCCAGUGCAGUUACAGCGAAAACCUUAUAAAGUAUAUUUACAACAAAUAUUAAUUUUUAAGUAAAUAUAUUGUUUGUGGCUGUUACUUGUGAAGUUAUUGGUAGAAACCAAGACAGACUUUUCCUCGAUGUUGAGCGAAAUGUAAAUUUAUUCAGAACUUACAAAAGACAUUAUUAUGGUUAGAUGAAGUGCAAUUAUAUAUAAAUUAUAUAAAUGCUAGAAUACUAUAUUAAUACUUUUAAAGUGUAUCAGGCUUUGUCAAUUUCUUGGUGAGUGUAAUGAAAUGAAAAAUGCUGGAUAGGCCUGGCGAUGUUACCAGCUGUGAUUCACCCUCAGUUUGUACUGAAUGUUUUAAAUGUUUUAAGUUACCUUGAUUCCAGCAUUGGAAACAAAUGAACCUUUCUGGUGAAGUACACACGAAAUAUAAAAACGGAAGUAUGAUGGCGAAUAGCUGUCAUUUUCCCAUAUUUUUGACAUAUUUUUAGUAGAAAGCCUAUUGGCUGAGAGUGACAAGUGCUAAUGAUUCCAUUGUCUUCACUGGCUUCCCUCGGAGACCCAGAGCUGCUUUCUACAAACUGUGCCCGGCUACCUUUCUCCCCAAGUUUCACUGAAUUUUCUAUGGGAUUUUAUUGCCUUCUUAUGAGUGAGAAUCGGCGAAGGACUGAAGCAAUAGUUGCUAACUACAGAGAACUACUACGUCUGUUUGGUUUCUUCAGAUUCUCCCUACCAUGAUUAUUAUUGUUGUUGUUGUUGUGAUUGAUAUCACUGGUAAAGCGCCAUGAGCUUGCUCAUAGGGUAUGGAUAUGGCGCUUUACAAAUCCUUUAUUUUAUUAUUUUUAUUAUUUGUUCCCGCAUCUACUAAAGGUAUUUUCAAGCAUUUUUAAAACUACAUUUUUGCGGUGUAUUACCUAAAGGCCAUCUUAACGGGACAAAUAUGAACAAACACUUGAUCAAUUUUUACAAAGCUUUUUACACCUAUCAUGUAAAAUAGUGUCAAACAUUAGUUUAUGUUUGUCCCAUUAAGAACGGUUUUUAUAAAAUUUCUAUUUAUAAGACUUAAUCGUUUGCAUGAGUUGUUAACAUGCUACAUUUUGCACGUUUUAAAACAGUAUUCAUAUUCAAUAGCUGCAAGACUGUUGAAUUUUCUACCGUGUGAGUGAUAAUUUUACGAAAUAAAAUGGUCUUUACUGUCAAA